ACCCCUGUUCACCACUCUGAAUCUCAAAAGCCUCAGAGCUCGCUCUAUCUACUACUGUUUCAGUGCUGCAACAACAACAACGAUGGCGAGGGUUUCGAUUUGCUUCCUCUUCGCGUUCGCUCUCUCUGUCCUCCUCGCUUCUUCGCAGAUCCAUGCGAUUGAAUCGGAGGCUAAGGAGUUCGUGCUCACAUUGGAUAACUCCAAUUUUUCUGAAAUUGUCAGCAAGCACGAUUUCAUCGUUGUUGAAUUCUACGCACCGUGGUGUGGACACUGCAAGAAUCUUGCUCCUGAGUAUGAGAAGGCUGCUGCGGUCUUGAGUAGCCAUGAUCCUCCGAUUGUUUUGGCUAAAGUUGAUGCCAAUGAGGAGAACAACAAGGACCUUGCAUCUCAGUAUGAGGUUCGGGGAUUCCCAACGAUUAAGAUUCUGAGAAACGGUGGAAAGGACAGUCAAGAAUACAAAGGACCCCGUGAAGCCGAUGGUAUUGUUGACUAUUUGAAAAAGCAGACUGGUCCUGCAUCCACUGAAAUUAAAUCUGCUGAUGAUGCCACUGCUUUCAUUGGUACAAAGAAAAUUGUUAUUGUUGGAGUUUUCCCCAAAUUUUCCGGGGAGGAGUUCGAUAACUUCUUUGCAUUGGCAGAGAAACUGCGAUCUGAUUAUGACUUUGGUCACACUUUGGAUGCCAAAAACCUUCCACGGGGUGAAUCUUCCGUGAGUGGGCCUGUUGUUAGGUUGUUCAAGCCAUUUGACGAGCUUUUUGUUGACUCCAAGGAAUUCAAUGUCGAAGCUCUGGAGAAAUUUAUUGAAGAAUCUAGUAUCCCUGUUGUGACUGUCUUUAACAAUGACCCAAGCAACCACCCUUUUGUUUCCAAAUUCUUUAACAGCCAAAACCCAAAGGCAAUGUUGUUCAUCAACUUCACUGCUGAAGGUGCUGAAUCUAUCCAAGCAAAAUACCGUGAAGCCGCUGAGGAAUAUAGAAAGCAGGACGUAAGCUUUCUGGUGGGAGAUGUUGAGGCCAGUCAAGGUGCCUUCCAGUAUUUCGGGCUAAAGGAAGAAGAUGUUCCUCUAAUCAUCAUUCAACAAACUGAUGGCAAGAAAUUUUUCAAGCCUCAGCUGGAAGCUGAUCAGAUUUCAUCUUGGUUGAAGGCAUACAAGGAUGGAAAUGUUGCACCAUAUGUCAAGUCUGAGCCUAUUCCUGAAACAAACAAUGAACCUGUUAAAGUGGUAGUUGGGGACAGUCUUCAAGAUGUAGUUUUCAAGUCUGGAAAGAAUGUUCUGCUCGAGUUUUAUGCUCCUUGGUGUGGUCACUGCAAGAGUCUGGCUCCAAUACUGGAUGAAGUUGCUGUCUCAUAUCAAAAUGAUGCUGAUAUUGUUAUUGCAAAAUUUGACGCAACUGCCAAUGAUGUCCCAACUGAAAGCUUUGAAGUCCAAGGUUAUCCAACUCUGUACUUCAUUUCAUCAAGUGGAAAAAUUUCACCUUAUGAUGGCGGCAGGACCAAGGAAGACAUCAUACAAUUCAUUGAAAACAGCCGGGAUAAGAAAUCUACUCAGAUAGAAGAAGAGCAAGGAAAAGAUGAGAUUCAGCAAGAAAAACCAAAGGACGAGCUUUGAAAGGAGAAGUGCUGCUCCUCUCAGAGGAUGUUGAGGAGGUCUACAUCUCUGUUGCAUCUCUGAAUCUAAAGUUAGAAAAUCAUAGUAUUAGUGCUAGUCUGUCUACCUUGUUUUGCAUUACCUUUUGACAUUUUGGUUUCUGAAUAAAAUUGGAGUUUUGUUCGGCGGAUUAUACAGUUUAGUGCUGGAAAAAUUGUGGCUGUAGAAAACCAAUCUGAGUUAAAUUAUUACUACAAGUUUUUUCACA